GAUGCCUUUACAAAACUACCCAUUUAUGAUUUAUUGAUAAGAUAUGGAUCUGAAACGGAGAGAGAGAGAGAGGCAGACCCAAAACGAUUGGCAACGAAAGCGACUUUCUUUAUUCACUACCAUGACCAUGUUCUUCAUUAAUGACCGUAUUACCCUCAAAGAAAGGAGAGAGAAGAAAAUGUGAAAACAACUGCAAGGACGUCUCUCUCUAUCUCCCUCUAUCUCUCUCCUCUGCAAAGCUUCAGAACUCUGGCAGAAAGAAAGAUGAUGGGGUUUUUAACUUUAUCCUCCAAAUAAUUCCUCUUCGUCUCUCCCACACAGUCCCUACAGUUGUACAUUUUCUCUCUUUAACACACAUUUAUGUGUCUCUCACUCUCUCCUCUCUUUCUCUCUCUCCAUCUCUAUCUCAGUCUGUGUUUCUGUCGUCUAAGCACUCAAUGAAACACUGUAAACAACGCCAGAAGGAUGUGAUGGAACGAUAAAAAUCAAGACUUUUUCCUCUUGGUAAAAGUAAAAAACUAAAAUUAAAUUUUUUUAUAUGUAAAAGAGAACAACAAUUUGGGCAGUCUCAUUCUCUGAAUCAUAAAAAAUCUAAUGUCGGCUCAUACGGUUCUCUUCUCUAUCCUCUGCUUCUUCUUCUUCAUGGAUAGUUAAAGCCUUUUUUUUAGUAUAUUGGGUCAAAAAACGCAGUCGUUUCGGCUUCUACGCAUGUGGAAAUGGCUCUGCUUAGAGUACUCCUUCUGGGUUUUCUCAUGUGUUUAAGCUUUGGGACUCCUGUAAAUUCGGACAAUGGUUCACCUUCUUCGGACUAUUGUGUCUGGAGAGGUGUGACUUGUGAUAAUGUCACCUUCAAUGUUGUUGCUCUCAAUUUGUCAGAUUUGAAUCUUGAUGGAGAAAUCUCAGCUGCUAUUGGAGAUCUCAAGAGCCUCUUUUCCAUUGAUCUACGAGGUAAUCGUUUGUCUGGACAAAUCCCUGAUGAGAUUGGCGACUGUUCGUCUUUGCAAAACUUGGACUUGUCUUUUAAUGAACUAAGUGGCGAUAUACCGUUUUCAAUUUCGAAGUUGAAGCAACUUGAGCAGCUGAUUCUGAAGAAUAAUCAAUUGAUAGGACCAAUCCCAUCAACGCUUUCUCAGAUUCCAAACCUGAAGAUUCUGGAUCUGGCACAGAAUAAACUCAGUGGUGAGAUACCAAGACUUAUUUACUGGAAUGAAGUUCUUCAGUAUCUCGGAUUACGCGGAAACAACUUGGUUGGUAACAUUUCUCCGGAUUUGUGUCAGCUUACUGGUCUUUGGUAUUUCGAUGUGAGGAACAACAGUUUGACGGGUAGUAUCCCUGAGACUAUAGGAAAUUGCACUGCCUUCCAGGUUCUGGACUUGUCAUACAAUCAGCUCACUGGUGAGAUCCCCUUCGACAUCGGUUUCCUCCAAGUCGCCACAUUAUCAUUGCAAGGGAAUCAGCUCUCCGGGAAGAUUCCAUCAGUGAUUGGUCUCAUGCAAGCCCUUGCAGUGUUAGAUCUAAGUGGCAACUUGUUGAGUGGACCUAUCCCUCCGAUUCUGGGAAACCUGACUUUCACAGAGAAACUUUACUUGCACAGUAACAAGCUGACUGGUUCAAUUCCACCUGAGCUUGGAAACAUGUCAAAACUCCAUUACUUGGAGCUCAACGAUAAUCUUCUUACAGGUCACAUACCACCAGAGCUUGGGAAGCUUACUGACUUGUUUGAUCUGAAUGUGGCUAACAAUGAUCUGCAAGGACCUAUACCUGAUAAUCUGAGUUCCUGUACAAACCUAAACAGCUUAAAUGUUCAUGGGAACAAGUUCAGUGGAACCAUACCCCGAGCGUUUCAAAAGCUUGAAAGCAUGACUUACUUAAAUCUCUCCAACAAUAACAUUAGAGGUCCAAUCCCAGUUGAGCUAUCUCGCAUCGGUAACUUAGAUACAUUGGAUCUUUCCAACAACAAGAUAAAUGGCAUCAUUCCUUCUUCCCUCGGUGAUUUAGAACAUCUUCUCAAGAUAGAUCUUUCAAAUAAUGAAAUUUCAGGUCCAAUUCCGGAAGAGCUUAACCAACUGCAGAACAUGUUUUUGCUGAGACUGGAACAUAAUAACUUGACUGGUAAUGUUGGUUCAUUAGCCAACUGCCUCAGUCUUACCGUAUUGAAUGUAUCUUACAACAACCUAGCUGGCGAUAUUCCUAAGAGCAAUAACUUCUCAAGAUUUUCGCCAGACAGGCAAAUGAAUUUACGCUUCAUUGGCAAUCCUAGUCUUUGCGGUAGUUGGCUAAGCUCGCCCUGUCAUGUUUCUCGUCAACCUGUACGAGUGUCAAUCUCUAAAGCAGCUAUUCUUGGGAUUGCUAUUGGAGGGCUUGUGAUCCUUCUUAUGGUACUAAUAGCAGCUUGUCGACCGCAUAAUCCUCCUCCGUUUCUUGAUGGAUCACUUGACAAGCCAGUAACCUAUUCGACCCCGAAGCUAGUCAUCCUUCAUAUGAACAUGGCGCUCCAUGUUUACGAAGAUAUCAUGAGAAUGACAGAGAAUCUAAGCGAGAAGUACAUCAUUGGGCAUGGAGCAUCAAGCACUGUAUACAAAUGUGUCUUGAAGAACUGCAAACCUGUUGCGAUUAAGCGACUUUACUCUCACAACCCACAGUCGAUGAAACAGUUUCAGACCGAGCUCGAGAUGCUUAGUAGCAUCAAACAUAGAAAUCUUGUGAGCCUACAAGGCUAUUCCCUUUCUCCCUUGGGUAGUCUUCUGUUCUAUGACUACAUGGAAAAUGGCAGCCUCUGGGAUCUUCUUCAUGGCCCUACAAAGAAGAAAACUCUUGAUUGGGACACACGGCUUAAAAUAGCAUAUGGCGCGGCACAAGGACUAGCGUAUCUACACCAUGACUGUAGUCCAAGGAUCAUACACAGAGACGUGAAGUCUUCAAAUAUUCUUUUGGACAAGGACUUAGAGGCUCGUUUGACAGAUUUUGGAAUUGCUAAAAGCCUUUGCGUGUCAAAGACACAUACUUCAACUUACAUCAUGGGCACGAUUGGUUACAUAGAUCCAGAAUAUGCACGUACUUCACGUCUCACCGAGAAAUCAGACGUCUAUAGUUAUGGAAUAGUGCUGCUCGAGCUGUUAACCAGAAGGAAAGCUGUUGAUGAUGAGGCCAAUCUCCACCACCUGAUCAUGUCGAAGACAGGGAACAAUGCAGUGAUGGAAAUGGCAGAUCGAGAUAUUACAUCAACGUGUAAGGAUCUCGCGGUGGUGAAGAAGGUAUUCCAGCUUGCACUCCUCUGCACCAAAAGACAGCCGAGUGAUCGACCCACAAUGCACCAGGUGACACGUGUCCUUGGCAGUUUCAUGUUGUCGGAACAGCCACCAGCCGCAGCAGCAGCCACGUCAACAACGCUGACUUCUUCGUGCUAUGUCGAUGAGUAUGCGAAUCUCAAAACUCCACACAAUGUCAAUUGCUCUUCGAUGAGUGCUUCAGAUGCAGAGCUCUUUCUUCGGUUUGGACAAGUUAUUUCUCAGAACAGUGUAUGAAGAAAUUGUUUGGUCUUAUAAGCGUUGUUUUUUAAGAGGAGAUUCGUCAAAACGGUUUCGGUUUUUAGUUGCUUAAGGCUGUUAGAACAUUAGUCUCUUGUAUAAAUUGUGGCACUGCUUUAUUAGAUAUAAGUGUGUGAAUAUAUUCCAAGACAGGCACCUAGUCAUGCUACUUUCUAUCUAAAGUUUAUCGUUUCGAAGAUAAAUGUUGAAUGAUUAAGUACUUGUGUACUUUCUCAUUUGUGCUUUCAAUUUCAUUUGAGAAUUCA